AUGAGCAAACCUGUCAUACUGUACAUUUAUCUGGUGUGUUCUAGCCUUCUGCUUGUGAACUUGGCCACACAAUGUCUGGCUUUUCCCCAAAGAGAAAGGAGGGAGGCAGCACAUGGUCCUGCAGAAACAGGGCAGCUGCAGGGGACGGACACAGAUGACCUGGAAAAUAGCUCCAUCGCUUCCCAAAAGGCUGCCCAGCUAGUAGUUUCCAGAGACCCAGUGAUGGUGUCAGAAGGCUUGCCAGCAACAUCGUGGCCUCAAGUAUUCUCCCUCAGUCAUGAUGCCCAUCCCCCAGGAGCUGGGCUGCUGCAUCCUAGCAGCUCUGGUGUUUAUAGUGUUACUGAGCCAGAGAUCCAGCCAGGUGAGGAAGUGUUUGCUUCCCGCCAGCCGGCAGAAGUGUCUCCUGGAAGCCUACCUUCCCAGGCCUCGUUACGCACUGCUGGUGUCCUGACGGAUUCUCUGAAGCCUGAUGAGAAGGAGGAGGAGCCCUUCGGUGCAACCCGCACUCAGCCCUCAGUGGAAGGGACCCCAGCAGCAAGGCCAGGUUUCCUUGACGACAAAGCAACUCAAAGUCUGCAUGGACUUAGUCUGGAUCGUUCCCCUUCGCUGCACAGACAUACAGACAUACAGACCACAGACAUACAGACCACCCAUCUGAGGACGGAGGAGUCUGAAGCAGAUGAUAGGAUGGCUUCUUUUCCUCCUGUCACCUCUGCAGCAGGCACGGAGCCUGGAGGUCUCGUGCCGACAGCCGAGCAUACUCAGGCUGCUGCCACCCAGCCCCUGCUCACAGCUUCCGAGGGCACCCCAAGUGUUGAGCCAGAUGUUGACAGCCUACCAGGAGCCCUGCACGUCCCUGAGAGUGUCAGCACAGCUGCUCCAGCAGACUCUGUCUCCAGCGAUGAGUGGGAUGACACCAGGGGUGCAAGCCAGAUAGGGACCCCCGAGCUGGGAGAUGAGACAGAGACACAGGUGAGAGUGGGAGCAUCUCAGACAGUGCAAGUAAGCCCCGGUCCCCUGGAUGGGGGCUACCGUUUCACAGACACGACAGAGGAAGCUCAGGGGCUGCCUGGAAAGGAGACACGCGUGGGGACAGUACGUGGGGCUGAGAGAUCUGCCUUCACUGGUUUGCCUUCCGUUAUCCCCACAAGUCUGGUGGAGGAUACAAAAGCACCUGCUGUGAACCUGUGGCAAAGUGCAGGAGACAUUACGGAGGCCACCCGGGAAGAUGGUGUGGUGCUUUCGUCACAGACCACUGCUUCGGUCUCAGAGUACGGGUCCCAGGCCCAUCAGCCAUCGCAAAAUACCCUGAAAGACAUCAUCUCCCCGGAGAUGACAACAGAUGCUCCAGAAGCAGAAGCCACUUUCUCCCUGGUGACACCAGGGCAGGGUCCUGGAGACAGCAAGGAGCCGGAGGAAGGACACGAGGCCACAGCGCCCACGUCUGAUGUUGCUGGUGUCCCUGAGCUGUCCCUGGCCACCACCGGUCCAACUACAGUCUUGCCUUUGUCUAUGCAUGUGACUCCUGCUGUGGAAGAUCUGACAGACUUAGUCACAAGGCCUAAUGAGGAAUUCACCCCUGUUUUGGACUCUCCUGUGACAACAUCAGGGAUGAUGGUGGGCACACCCAGCAUUUUCCCCACUCUUCCUGCUCUGGUGGCAUCCCUGGAGACAAGCACCGCAGCUCCACCUUCUAGCCGUGCUAAUACGGCCGCCUCCUACGGUCUGGACCAACUGGAAUCAGAAGAGAUAGAUGAAGAGGAGGAUGAAGAAGAUGAAGAUGAAGAAGAUGAAGAAGAAGAAGAUGAGGAGGAAGAUGAGGAUGAUAAAGAUGCAGACUCCCUGGAUGAGAGCUUGGAUGGUGACACAGAGCUACCCGUGUUCACUGUCCCCGGCGUCACGUCCCAGGAACCUGGCUUAGAGCAGGACAACAUGGGCCCGAUGGAGGGAGCCACCUACCAAGUGCCAGAUGCCAUCGAGUGGAGACAGCAGAAUCAAGGGCUGGUGAGAAGCUGGAUGGAAAAACUAAAAGACAAGGCUGGUUACAUGUCUGGGAUGCUGGUGCCCGUAGGCGUGGGGAUAGCUGGAGCCUUGUUCAUCUUGGGAGCACUCUACAGCAUUAAGGUUAUGAAUCGCCGAAGGAGAAAUGGCUUCAAAAGGCAUAAAAGAAAGCAGAGAGAAUUCAACAGCAUGCAAGACCGAGUGAUGCUCUUAGCCGACAGCUCUGAAGAUGAAUUUUAA